UGCGCAUGUGUAAGAUUCAGUUCCUGUAAAAAUGGCCAGUGCGCUGAAAUUGACCUCUCAAACAGCUCACAGAGCUGUAUUGAAAACUUUAUUGACCAAAACAGCUACACCAGCUGCAGGCUCCAGUCAGAGAAACCUUCACUUCUACAUACAGGGUCGUAACAGUGAUGCAAAAUCAUCAAACGGUCAAUCGGUAACAAGGAAGUAUCCUGUGAUUGACCACACAUAUGAUGCUGUAGUCGUUGGAGCAGGUGGUGCUGGUCUCAGAGCUGCCUUUGGUCUGGCAAAUGAUGGUUUUAAAACAGCAUGUAUUACAAAGCUCUUCCCUACAAGGUCACACACAGUGGCUGCACAGGGUGGUAUCAAUGCUGCAUUGGGACACAUGGAAGAAGAUUCCUGGCAAUAUCAUUUCUAUGACACUGUGAAGGGAUCUGAUUGGCUGGGGGACCAGGAUGCCAUUCAGUACAUGUGUGAAGAAGCCCCUAAAGCUGUCAUUGAGCUGGAAAAUUAUGGCAUGCCCUUCAGUCGACUGGACAAUGGGAAGAUUUAUCAGAGAGCUUUUGGUGGUCAGAGUCUGAAGUAUGGAAAAGGUGGACAGGCCCACAGAUGUUGCUGUGUAGCUGACCGCACUGGUCACUCUCUACUUCACACACUAUACGGAAGGUCUCUGAAAUAUGAUACACAUUACUUUAUUGAAUAUUUCGCUUUGGAUUUGAUCAUGGAAGAAGGAGAGUGCCGUGGAGUUAUUGCCCUUUGUUUGGAAGAUGGUACCAUUCACCGAUUCAGAUCCAAGAACACAGUUUUAGCUACCGGUGGUUAUGGCCGUGCUUAUUUCUCCUGUACAUCAGCUCAUACCUGUACUGGAGAUGGUACUGCUAUGGUUACCAGAGCUGGACUACCUAAUGAGGAUAUGGAAUUUGUACAGUUUCAUCCUACUGGAAUCUAUGGUGCUGGCUGUCUCAUCACUGAAGGCUCACGAGGAGAGGGAGGAAUUCUGAUAAACUCUGAGGGAGAGAGAUAUAUGGAGCGUUACGCACCUACUGCUAAAGAUCUGGCUUCUCGUGAUGUGGUGUCACGUUCAAGUACUAUUGAAAUUAGAGAAGGAAGAGGAGUUGGCCCAGAUAAGGAUCAUGUAUAUCUACAGUUGUCUCAUCUAGAUCCAGAAGUAUUAAAAGCCAGACUUCCUGGUAUUUCUGAGACUGCCAUGAUCUUUGCCGGAGUUGAUGUGACAAGAGACCCAAUUCCUGUCCUUCCCACCGUACACUACAAUAUGGGUGGAGUACCCACGAACUACAAAGGACAAGCAAUCUAUGUGAAAGAUGGUGAGGAUGUAGUGGUGCCUGGUUUAUAUGCUUGUGGAGAGGCAGCAUGUGCAUCUGUACAUGGGGCCAACCGUCUUGGUGCAAACUCCCUUCUUGAUCUAGUUGUCUUUGGACGGGCAUGUGCCAACACCAUAAAAGAAGAGAAUCGACCUGGUGAACCUAUUGGAAACAUCAAGGAUAAUGCCGGUGAAGAAUCUAUUGCUAACCUCGACAAGCUCAGACACGCCAAUGGAAGCACGCCCACCGCUGAUCUUAGACUAAAGAUGCAAAAAGUAAUGCAGAACAAUGCUGCAGUUUUCCGUGACGGACCUAUCCUCAAGGAAGGAGUAGAUAAAAUGAAUGAUCUCUAUGACCAGAUGGAAGAUAUCAAGGUAUCAGACAGAGGUAUGGUGUGGAAUACAGAUCUAGUAGAGACCUUGGAACUACAAAAUCUAAUGCUGAAUGGUAUGCAGACCAUUGUAUCAGCUGAGGCAAGAAAGGAGAGUCGAGGCGCUCAUGCAAGAGAAGACUUCCAGGAACGUUUGGACGAAUAUGAUUAUGGUAAGGAUAUUGCAGGGCAGACCCCAAAACCUUUUGAUCAACAUUGGCGGAAACACACACUCUCUUAUCAGGACCACCAAACUGGAAAGGUGACACUGGAGUAUCGACGGGUAAUUGAUGAUACCCUUGACAAGGACAAAUGUGAAACCAUACCACCAGCAAUCCGUUCCUAUUAGAUCUGACCACCCUAAAAUUUCACAUUUUGAGCAGACAACAUUUUGAACAGACAUUUUGAACAGAGGUGUUUAAGUAGCUGAGCUUGGAUGGAGGGUUCAAGUAUAUCUAAAAUAUAGUGCAUAAAAUCUGAAUAUUUGGAAACAGAAGCUGCUGAUUUUACAAAUAUUGUGCAUAAUCUGAACACUGACAGUCAAAGUCCUAGUCAAAAUGCUACUUUAAUGUAAGGAUCCUUGAGAGAAAUUGAGCUUACUGGUGAUUCCUACAUACUCUGUAUUGUGGGUUACUGGAUCUGUGCCAUUCUGUUACUAUUUCAAUGUUUGGGGUGUUGAUCAAUUUACCACCAUAGCUGUAGAAUGCUACCUCGCACAGUCUUAUGAUCCAGAAACUGAGUGUGUUGUAACAGAAAACUGUCGCAGUAACAUCUCUUUUCUCAGUUUCCUAGUGAUAUCAAAAUGGAGUAACUCAGCACAUUUGAAUAGAUAAUACAAUUCUCCAAUUUUUUUUCUUAAAUUGUGAAGAACCUUAUAACAUACAUUUCAUCAAUAAAAUUGGGAUGGUGAUCAAGAAGAGAAGAAUUGACCAUUGUAAAGGAAAUGUUGUGUACAGAAAAAAUCACUAAUUCUACUCUGUAAUUAACAUGUAUCCUAAAUUAUUUGAUGUCCAUUUUCGAGACAUUUGAUGUCAUUUCUUCCAGGGUUGUAUAAGGCUGCUGUGUUAACUUCAAUCACAUCAAAAUCUUUCAUCUUUAUGGUGCGAUUCACUCUGCUGUGGACAGAUAGUAAUAUAUUGUUUGUAUAUUUAUGAGAAAGAGAAUGCAAGCUUUCUUAGACUUUGUAAAUAAAUUAUGUCUUGUGGUCUUUAGUGCUUAUUUUAUCAAUUCACAAAAAGAUUCAUAUUAAUUAAAUAAUUCAUUUGUAAA